AGGAGGCUUGCUGCCGCUGCUGCACGAUAGACGACGUGCGCACACCUCGAUCAGCCGCUGUUUUUUAAACGUGUUCCUAAGAAAAAAGAAAUAAGAGGAGGAGGAGAAGUAGUAGUGGCGUGGAGGGAAGGGGAACUGAGGAAGAAACAUAAAGAGAGAAAGAGAGGGAGCAAGUGAGUGAAAAAAGAAGAAGAAGAAGAAGAAUAACGGGGGAGGAUUCUUUUUGAAUCGAAUUCUUUUGGAACUGAACUGAGUGUACCUUCGUGUGCCUUUUGAGUGUUUCUUUCUUCCUUUCUAUUUCUUUCUUUCUCUCUCUUCCUCUCUCUUUCUCACUUUUUAAAUAAAAAUAUCUUCAUAUCUUUUUCUUUGUGCUUACGUGCGCGCGUAUAAGAAAAUAAGAACUGACGCGUGUUAAUGAUAAUACAAUAGACAAUAAUAUCGAAGAGUAAUAAGAAAAUAAUCAAAGAUGAAGUUGGACGUGUCCGAUGCAUUGUACGAUAGCUCGAGUAUUUCCAGCGACAGUGGGACAUCGCAGAGUUCCCGAGUCAGCCAUGAUUUUCUCUUCACCAUUGCUGCUAACUCUGCUACCUUACCGGGCAAUUUAGUAUCUCUAGACGGAUUGCACAGUGGGGUACCAACUAGAACAACGCCAACGUUGACACCAACCACGUUGAGAAGUAUCGAACAGACUUUCCUUGAGCUUACCAGCGAAACGGGGUCUCACAGUCGGGAGGCUGGUUUUGUACCACCUUUGGUAGAACCAUCCCAACCGACCCCGGCUCAAACUCAAAAUCUGGCUACCCAUCAUCACAAUCCUACGAAUAAUCUGAUAGAAAGUCAGCAGACUUUACCUCAACAACAGGAACAUCAGCAACCACCACAACAGCAGCAGCAGCAACAGCAGCAGCAGCAACAACAGCAGCAGCAACAACAACCACAACAACAGCAACAGCAACAACAACCAGAACAACAACAGCAACAGGCUACAAGACGCAAUAUGGGUGGAAGAAGACCAACCAGGACGAUUGGUAUGACACCGGAAGAAGAAAGAAGACGACAGAUUAGACGAGAAAGAAAUAAAAUGGCAGCUGCCAGGUGUCGCAAGCGAAGAAUGGAUCAUACAAAUGCCCUUUUAGAAGAAACGGAGGGCUUGGAACAGAAAAAACAAAGCUUGCAAGAUGAGAUACAUCAAUUGCAGCAGACCAAAGAAGAGUUAGAAUUUAUUUUGGAAGCACACAGAACAGUUUGUCGUUUACGUUCGUCCUCGCCACUUGACGUGAAGCCUGUGAUAAAGCCGGAAAUCCCGUUGGAUGAUCAAUUCGCUGAACCACCAACAACGAAACGUGACACAUUGUCAUCCGCAAGACCAAGCAGACCAAAUUCACUGCCGGUCGGUUUUGACAAUAACAACAGACCAAAUUCCUUGUCGUUCUUUAACGAAUCAGUAUCAAUACCAAAGGAUAACAAUAGACCAGAUUCAUUGAGUUUUAAAACUGUUGAAACACCAGCAUUCAUGAAACCAUCCCUUGACGUUGCUGGUAUGCCAAUAACAACUCCAACAAGUGGUAUACCAUUCAAUUUCGAUUCUCUAAUGGAAGGUGGAACAGGAUUAACACCGGUAUCAACACCUCUAAUACCAUCCUGCUCUACGCAACAAAGGAACAAUUUAUCUGCGGUUGAUCUUAGCUCUCCUGACGCCAAUCCACCUAAAUUAGUCAGCUUGUGACGCCAAGAUGAUGUUAUGGAAUAUGAAUCAAACGAGGAUGAUCCAGAAUGAAGAAAAUUUUGGCCUGCGAUAUUAUGCAAAUAUAGAAACUCGCUUGCCAUUUAGAAAGAGAUGAUAUAUAACAAAUUGGGGAUUAUAUUCUCUGUGUUGUACGUGUGCUUUAAUUCGCCUUUCUCAGAGAUCAUUGAUCUUUGGGGACUAUUUUGAAAAGACAAUAAUAAACACCAAUGAAUGUGAGAUAAAUUUUAGAAAGAGAGAGAGAGAGAAAGAGAGAGAGGAAGGGGGUUAUUUAAGAUAUAGGUAUGGAUGAAGAGGAAGAGGAGAAUAGAAGAGGGAGUUGUCUUUUUAUUUUUAUUUUUGACGUUUUUGACACGUCAAAGAGACAUCACGAGUUGCCAUAAAUAAGAAAUAUAUAAAUAUAAUAAAAUAUUGUAUUUCUUUCUUCAAUCCGUACCCUCAUCAAAUGUAUUUGAGAUCACAUUGGUGUUUACUUUUUUCUUCUCUUUCUCUUUCUACUUAUUUCUAUCUCUCUCUUUAUGUAGAAUUAAAAAAAAAAAGGAAACAGAGCAAAAAAUGAAACAAUCAAGUAACGUUGCGUUGCUAUAUAUUUUUCUCUCUCGUACGUUCGUGCAAUACACAUAA